UCCACAUCCUGCUCUCAGCCCCGCAGAGCGCUGCGCGCUCAUUGGCUCGCCCUGCAGGAAGAUGAACGCUACCGCUUCUGUUUCCUUUUGAUGCUGCUCUGACACACUGGGCAGGAACCAAAAAAAAAAAAAAAAAAUGUUUUCUCAGGAGCUGGCUCAGAAAAUCAAGGGCUACCAGGAGCAGAUCGCCUCCUUGAACUCCAAGUGCAAGAUGCUGACCAUGAAAGCCAAGCACGCCACCAUGCUGCUGACGGUGACCGAGGUCCAGGGGCUGGCCGAAGGCAGCGAGGACCUGGACGGGGAGCUCCUCCCCGCGCCGGCGGCCCAGCCCUCUGUGGUCAUGAUGACUGCAGGUCGCUGCCACACUUUGCUGUCACCUGUCACUGAGGAGUCUGGGGAGGAGGGAACCAGCAGUGAGAUCUCUCCACCUGCCUGUCCUUCCCCUUCACCUGUGGCUAAUCCAGAUGCUUCUGUUAAUCAGGACAUUGCUUAUUACCAAGCCUUGUCUGCUGAGAGGUUGCAAACAGAUGCUGCAAGGAUUCAGCCCAGCGCGUCGGCAUCCCAGGAGUUCUGUGAGCCAGGACUGGAGGCAUCUGCCACUGCUAAACUGGGAGAUUUGCAGCGUUCCUGGGAAACCUUGAAAAAUGUGAUCAGUGAAAAGCAGCGCACCCUCUAUGAAGCUUUGGAACGCCAGAAAAAGUACCAGGACUCCCUCCCGUCUAUCUCCACAAAAAUGGAGGCCAUCGAGAUGAAACUCAGUGAGAGUCUGGAACCUGGCCGGAGUCCGGAGAGCCAGAUGGCUGAGCAUCAGGCCCUGAUGGAUGAGAUCCUCAUGCUCCAUGAUGAAAUCAAUGAGCUGCAGUCCUGUCUGGCAGAGGAGCUGGGGUCCCAGGAGUGCGACCCCACAGAGCAGCUGGCCUUGCAGUCCACGCUCACUGUCCUGGCCGAGCGCAUGUCCACCAUCAGGAUGAAAGCCUCGGGGAAACGGCAGCUCCUGGAGGAGAAGUUAAAUGACCAACUUGAAGAGCAGAGACAGGAACAGGCCCUGCAGAGGUACCGCUGUGAGGCUGAUGAGCUAGACCACUGGCUCUUGAGCACAAAGGCCACCCUGGAUAGUGCACUGGGGACAGUCAAGGAGCCCAUGGACAUGGAAGCCCAGCUGGUGGACUGCCAGAAUAUGCUUGUGGAAAUUGAGCAGAAGGUGGUGGCCUUGUCUGAGCUCUCAGUGCACAAUGAAAACCUGCUGCUGGAGGGCAAGGCUCACACGAAGGACGCGGCUGAGCAGCUGGCAGUGAAGCUGCGGACGCUCAAGGGGAGCCUGCAGGAGCUGCAGAGAGCUCUGCACGACAGGCAGCUCGACAUUCAGGGAACAGCACAGGAGAAGGAGGAGAGUGACGUCGAUCUGGCGGCCACACAGAGCCCGGGCGUGCAGGAGUGGCUGGCCCAAGCUCGCACCACACGGACGCACCAGCGGCAGAACAGUCUCCAGCAACAAAAAGAGUUGGAACAGGAAUUAGCGGAGCAAAAGAUCCUCCUGCGCUCAGUAGCCAGUCGAGGAGAGGAGAUUCUGACCCAGCACUCGGCUGCAGAGCCCUCUGGUGGCGAAGGCGAAAAACCUGAUGUGUUAUCCCAGGAAUUGGGGAUGGAAAGGGAGAAAUCGUCCAGUGAAGACCAGAUGAGAAUGAAAUGGGAAAGCCUACAUCAAGAAUUCAGCACCAAGCAGAAGCUACUACAGAAUGUUCUGGAACAGGAACAAGAGCAACUGUUUUACAGCAGACCGAACCGACUCCUGUCUGGCAUGCCAUUGUACAAAGGGGAUGGGCAGACCCAAGAUAAAGCCGCAGUUACAUCUUUGCUGGGUGGACUGAGCCAGGUCUUCGAGGAGGUGUCCUCCCAGGGUGGAGGGGCAACACGGCAGAACAUACACCUGGAACAGAAGUUGUACGAUGGAGUUUCAGCCACCUCGACUUGGCUGGAUGAUGUGGAAGAGCGUUUGUUUGUUGCCACAGCACUGCUGCCGGAGGAAACGGAAACUUGCCUCUUCAACCAAGAGAAUCUUGCCAAAGACAUUAAGGAAAUGUCUGAAGAAAUGGAUAAGAGCAAAAACUUGUUUUCCCAGGCCUUUCCUGAGAAGGGCGAUAACCGAGAUGUCAUUGAAGACACUUUGGGUUGUCUCCUGGGCAGGCUAUCUUUGCUAGAUGCCGCAGUGAAUCAGCGUUGUCACCAGAUGAAGGAAAGGCUUCAGCAAAUACUGAAUUUCCAGAAUGAUCUGAAGGUGCUCUUUGCAUCGCUGACUGACAACAAAUACAUCAUUCUGCAGAACCUGGCGAAUGUGUUUGAACAGCCUGUAGCACAACAGAUAGAGGCAAUACAACAGGCAGAAGAUGGACUAAAGGAAUUGGAUGCAGGAAUCAUUGAAUUAAAAAGGCGUGGAGACAAGCUGCGGAUUGAGCAGCCAUCCUUGCAAGAACUCUCUAAACUUCAGGACAUGUAUGACGAGCUGAUGAUGACCAUCAGCUCCCGGCGGAGUGGUCUCAAUCAGAAUCUUGCACUCAAGAGUCAGUACGAAAGGGCCCUGCAGGAUCUGGCUGACCUGCUUGAAACUGGCCGGGAGAAGAUGGCAGGGGACCAGAAGAUCAUUGUGUCUUCCAACGAGGAAAUCCAGCAACUGCUUGACAAACACAAGGAAUAUUUUCAGGGCCUGGAAUCUCAUAUGAUCUUGACGGAAACACUCUUCAGAAAGAUAAUCAGCUUUGCAGUCCCAAAGGAAACCCAGUUCCACACAGAGCUGAUGGCUCAGGCAUCUGCUGUGCUGAAACAGGCUCACAAGAGGGGUGUGGAGCUGGAGUACAUUCUGGAGACAUGGUCCCAUCUGGAGGCAGAGCAGCAGGAGCUGAGCAGACAGCUGGCGCUGGUGGAGAGCAGCCUUCCGAGCGUGGGCUUGGUGGAAGAAAGAGAGGACAGGCUCAGGGAGCGGAUCCUGCUCUACCAGCAUUUAAAAUCCAGUCUUAAUGAAUACCAGCCCAAACUGUAUCAGGUAUUAGAAGAUGGGAAACGACUUCUGAUAUCCGUUAGCUGCUCAGAUCUGGAAAGCCAGCUAAAUCAACUUGGAGAGCACUGGCUAAAUAAUACCAACAAGGUGUCCAAGGAACUUCACAGACUGGAAACGAUAUUGAAACACUGGACCAGUUACCAACGGGAAUCUGCAGAUCUGAGUCACUGGUUACAGUCCGCAAGAGACAGGCUAGAAUUUUGGGCUCAGCAAUCUGUGACAGUACCACAAGAACUGGAGAUGGUCCGUGAUCAUCUCAAUGCUUUCCUGGAGUUUUCUAAAGAAGUGGAUGCCAAAUCUUCCCUGAAGUCGUCUGUCCUGAGCACUGGAAAUCAGCUUCUUCGAUUAAAGAAGUUGGACACAGUUGCCCUGCGUGCUGAGCUAUGUCACAUUGACAGCCAGUGGACUGAGCUACUGAAAAAUAUCCCAGCUGUCCAAGAAAAGCUCCACCAGCUCCAAAUGGAUAAGCUGCCUUCCCGUCAUGCCAUCUCUGAAGUCAUGAGCUGGAUUUCUCUAAUGGAAAGUGUGAUUCAAAAGGAUGAAGAGGAUAUAAAAAAUUGCAUAGGCUACAAGGCAAUUCAUGAAUACCUUCAGAAAUAUAAGGGUUUUAAGAUAGACAUUAACUGUAAGCAGCUGACAGUUGAUUUUGUGAACCAGUCUGUGCUACAAAUCAGCACUCAGGAUGUGGAAAGUAAACGGAGUGAUAAGACUGAUUUUGCUGAGCAACUGGGAGCAAUGAAUAAAAGUUGGCAAAUCUUGCAAGGUCUAGUAAGUGAGAAGAUCCAGCUGUUGGAAGGCUUAUUGGAAUCUUGGUCAGAAUAUGAAAAUAACGUACAAUGUCUGAAAACUUGGUUUGAAAUCCAGGAAAAGAGGCUAAAACAACAGCAGCAAGUUGGGGAUCAGGCUUCCGUGCAGAACUCACUGAAAGACUGUCAGGAUCUGGAAGAUUCAAUUAAAGCAAAAGAAAAAGAAAUAGAGAAAAUUGAGCAGAGUGGACUCGCUUUGAUUCAGAACAAGAAAGAAGAAGUCUCCGGCACUGUUAGGACCACGCUGCAGGAGCUCAACCAGACCUGGGCCAAUUUAGACCACAUGGUUGGGCAGUUGAAGAUACUGUUGAAGUCUGUGCUUGACCAAUGGAGCCAUCACAAAAAGGCCUUUGAUGAGAUAAACAGUUACCUCAUGGAGGCCAGAUAUUCUUUGUCCCGAUUCCGCCUGCUGACUGGCUCCUUAGAGGCAGUGCAGGUGCAGGUAGACAAUCUUCAGAGUCUCCAUGAUGAUCUGGAAAAACAAGAAAAGAGCUUACAGAAAUUCGGUUCUGUUACCAACCAGCUAUUAAAAGAAUGUCACCCACCUGUGACAGAAACUCUUACCAACACACUAAAAGAAGUCAAUAUGAGAUGGAAUAACUUGCUGGAAGAGAUUGCUGAGCAGCUGCACUCUAGCAAGGCCCUACUUCAGCUCUGGCAGAGGUACAAGGACUAUUCCAGACAGUGCACCUCUACCGUCCAGCAGCAGGAAGAGCGAACCAAUGAGCUGUUGAAGGCAGCCACUGACAAGGACAUCGCUGAUGAUGAAGUUGCUACAUGGAUCCAAGAUUGCAAUGACCUCCUCAAAGGACUGGGAACAGUCAAGGAUUCCCUUUUUGUUCUCCAAGAGCUGGGAGAGCAGCUUAAACAACAAGUGGAUGUUUCAGCAGCAUCGGCUAUUCAGUCUGAUCAGCUCUCCCUGAGUCAACACCUGGGCGCCAUGGAGCAGGCUCUUUGCAAACAGCAGACGGUGUUACAGGCUGGAGUUCUUGACUACGAAACCUUUGCCCAGAGUUUAGAAGCUUUGGAGGCCUGGAUAGUGGAAGCUGAAGACAUACUCCAAGGGCAGGACCCCUCCCACUCCUCAGACCUCUCAAGCAUCCAGGAAAGGAUGGAAGAGCUUAAGGGGCAGAUGUUAAAAUUCAGCAGCAUGGCUCCAGAUUUAGACCGCCUAAAUGAGCUUGGAUAUAGGUUACCACUGAAUGAUAAAGAAAUCAAAAGGAUGCAGAACCUGAACCGGCACUGGUCUCUCAUCUCCUCUCAGACAACAGAAAGAUUCAGUAAGUUGCAGUCAUUUUUGCUACAACAUCAAACUUUCUUGGAAAAAUGUGAAACAUGGAUGGAAUUCCUGGUUCAGACGGAACAAAAGUUAGCAGUAGAGAUUUCAGGCAAUUAUCAACAUCUUUUGGAGCAGCAGAGAGCCCAUGAGUUGUUUCAAGCCGAGAUGUUCAGUCGUCAGCAAAUUUUGCACUCAAUCAUUAUUGAUGGGCAACGUCUUCUAGAACAAGGUCAAGUUGAUGACAGGGAUGAGUUCAACUUGAAGUUGACUCUCCUCAGUAAUCAGUGGCAGGGAGUCAUUCGCAGGGCCCAACAGAGGAGGGGGAUCAUCGACAGCCAGGUUCGCCAGUGGCAGCGCUAUCGGGAGAUGGCAGAAAAACUUCGUAAAUGGUUGGUUGAAGUGUCCUAUCUACCCGUGAGUGGUCUCGGGAGCAUCCCUAUAGCACUGCAGCAAGCAAGAACCCUCUUUGAUGAAGUGCAGUUCAAGGAAAAAGUAUUUCUGCGACAACAAGGCAGCUAUAUCUUGACUGUGGAGGCUGGCAAGCAGCUUCUGCUCUCGGCUGAUAGUGGGGCUGAGGCCGCCUUGCAAGCUGAACUCACUGAAAUCCAAGAGAAAUGGAAAGCAGCCAGUGUGCGUCUGGAGGAACAGAAGAAAAAACUGGCCUUCUUGUUGAAAGACUGGGAAAAGUGUGAGAAAGGGAUAGCUGAUUCUCUGGAGAAACUGCGCACUUUCAAAAAGACACUUUCCCAGCCUCUGCCGGAUCACCAUGAGGAGCUCCAUGCAGAGCAAAUGCGUUGCAAGGAGCUAGAAAAUGCAGUUGGAAGCUGGACAGAUGACUUGACACAGCUGACUCUGCUAAGGGACACUCUCUCAGCCUUUAUCAGCGCGGAUGACAUCUCCAUCCUUAACGAACGCAUUGAGCUUCUGCAAAGACAGUGGGAAGAACUGUGCCACCAGGUCUCCUUGCGGCGGCAGCAAGUGAGUGAAAGACUGAACGAAUGGGCAGUCUUCAGUGAAAAGAACAAGGAGCUCUGUGAAUGGUUGACUCAGAUGGAAAGCAAGGUUUCUCAGAAUGGAGAUAUUCUCAUUGAAGAUAUGAUACAGAAGCUCAGAAAGGAUUAUCAAGAGGAAAUUGCUGUUGCCCAAGAGAACAAAAUACAGCUCCAGCAAAUGGGAGAACGACUUGCGAAAGCCAGCCACGAAAGCAAAGCAUCCGAGAUUGAAUACAAGCUCGGGAAGGUCAAUGACCGGUGGCAGCAUCUCCUGGAUCUCAUUGCAGCCAGGGUGAAGAAGCUGAAGGAGACCCUGGUUGCUGUGCAGCAGCUCGAUAAGAACAUGAGCAGCCUGAGGGCUUGGCUUGCUCACAUCGAGUCAGAGCUGGCCAAGCCCAUAGUCUACGAUUCCUGUAACUCAGAAGAAAUACAGAAAAAGAUUAACGAGCAACAGGAGCUCCAGAGAGACAUAGAAAAACACAGCACAGGGGUGGCCUCUGUCCUCAACCUGUGUGAAGUCCUACUGCACGACUGUGACGCCUGUGCCACUGACGCCGAGUGUGAAUCCAUCCAGCAGGCAACGCGAACCCUGGACCGGCGGUGGAGAAAUAUCUGUGCCACGUCCAUGGAAAGAAGGCUCAAAAUUGAGGAGACGUGGCGGCUGUGGCAGAGGUUUCUGGAUGACUACUCCCGCUUCGCAGACUGGCUGAAGACUUCCGAAAGGACAGCUGCGUUCCCCAGCUCCUCGGGGGUGCUGUACACAGUUGCCAAGGAGGAACUGAAGAAGUUUGAGGCAUUCCAGCGCCAGGUCCAUGAAAACCUGACCCAGCUGGAGCUGAUCAACAAGCAGUACCGCCGCCUGGCCAGGGAGAAUCGCACAGAUUCCGAGUGCAGCUUGAAACAGAUGGUCCACGAGGGCAACCAGCGCUGGGACAACCUGCAGAAGCGCGUCGCCUCCAUCUUGCGCAGACUCAAGCAUUUUAUUGGCCAGCGUGAGGAGUUUGAGACUGCUCGGGAAAAUAUUCUGGUCUGGCUAACAGAGAUGGAUCUGCAACUCACUAAUAUUGAGCAUUUUUCUGAGUGUGAUGUUCAAGCUAAAAUAAAGCAACUGAAGGCCUUCCAGCAGGAAAUCUCUCUGAACCACAGUAAGAUUGAGCAGAUAAUUUCCCAAGGAGAGCAGCUGAUGGAAAAGAGUGAGCCCUUGGAUGCCGCCGUCAUUGAGGAAGAGCUCGAUGAUUUGAAGCGGUACUGCCAAGAGGUCUUUGGGCGUGUGGAAAGAUACCAUAAGAAACUGAUCCGCCUGCCUCUACCGGAGGAUGAGCUCGACCUCUCUGACCGGGAGCUGGAGCUUGCAGACUCCACAGCCCUCUCGGACCUGCGCUGGCAGGAGCCAUCUGCAGACUUGGCAUCCUCGCCCCCACCGUCCUCCAACCCCUCACUCUCACUCGCACAGCCCCUCCGCAGCGAGAGAUCGGGCCGAGACACCCCAGCCAGUGUGGACUCCAUCCCCCUGGAGUGGGACCACGACUAUGACCUCAGUCGUGACCUCGAGUCUGCAGUGUCCGGAACUCUGCCUUCUGAGGAUGAGGAGGGCCAGGAAGACCGGGAUUUCUACCUCAGGGGUGCUGUCGGCUUGUCAGGGGAUCACGCUGCCUUGGAGUCACAGAUCCGCCAACUGGGCAAAGCCCUGGAUGACAGCCGCUUUCAGAUGCAGCAAACUGAAAAUAUCAUCCGCAGCAAAACUCCCACGGUCCCGGAGCUAGACUCCAGCUACAAAGGCUACAUGAAGCUGCUGGGUGAGUGCAGUGGCACCAUAGACUCCGUGAAGAGGCUGGAGCACAAACUGAAGGAGGAAGAGGAGAGCUUCCCUGGCUUUGUCAACCUGAACAGCACCGAAGCUCAAACAGCUGGUGUGAUUGAUCGAUGGGAACUCAUCCAGGCCCAGGCCCUGAGCAAGGAGUUAAGAAUGAAGCAGAACCUCCAGAAGUGGCAGCAAUUCAACUCAGACCUGAACAACAUCUGGGCCUGGCUGGGGGAGACGGAGGAGGAGCUGGAACAACUGCAGCGUCUGGAGCUCAGCACUGACAUCCCCACCAUCGAGCUCCAAAUCAAGAAGCUCAAGGAGCUCCAGAAAGCUGUGGACCACCGCAAAGCCAUCAUCAUCUCCAUCAAUCUCUGCAGCUCCGAGUUUACCCAGGCUGACAGCAAGGAGAGCCAGGACCUGCAGGAGCGCUUGUCUCGCAUGAAUGGGCGCUGGGACCGGGUGUGCUCUUUGCUGGAGGAGUGGCGAGGCCUGCUGCAGGAUGCACUCAUGCAGUGCCAGGAUUUCCAUGAAAUGAGCCACAGUUUGCUUCUUAUGUUGGAGAACAUUGACAGAAGGAAAAAUGAAAUUGUCCCCAUUGAUGCUAACCUUGACACAGAAAUACUUCAGGACCAUCACAGACAGCUCAUGCAAAUAAGACGUGAGCUGUUGGAGUCCCAACUCAAAGUCGCCUCACUACAAGACAUGUCUUGCCAACUCCUGGUGAAUGCUGAAGGCACAGACUGUUUAGAAGCCAAAGAAAAAGUCCAUGUUAUUGGAAAUCGGCUCAAACUUCUCUUGAAGGAGGUCAGUCGUCAUAUCAAGGAACUGGAGAAGUUAUUAGACAUGCCAAGCAGUCAGCAGGAUCUGUCUUCCUGGUCUUCUGCUGAUGAACUGGACACCUCGGGAUCUGUGAGUCCCACAUCGGGAAGAAGCACCCCAAACAGACAGAAAUCGCCACGAGGCAAAUGUAGUCCCUCACAGCCCGGACCCUCUGUGAGCAGUCCACAUAGCAGGUCCACAAAAGGUGGCUCCGAUUCCUCCCUUUCUGAACCCCGGCCAGCUCGGUCCAGCCGAGCCUUCUUGUUCCGAGUCCUCCGGGCGGCUCUUCCCCUUCAGCUUCUGCUGCUGCUCCUCAUCGGGCUCGCCUGCCUUGUACCAAUGUCAGAGGAAGACUAUAGCUGUGCCCUUUCCAACAAUUUUGCCCGAUCAUUCCACCCCAUGCUCAGAUAUACCAAUGGCCCUCCUCCACUCUGAACCAAGCAGAUCUCAUUGGCAAAAAUGCUGGAAGCACAAGAAGGAUGGAGCCAAAAACAUCCCAAACUACCAAAAUGAGGACUUGAAUCUUGGCAGGAGCCAUUGGUGUGCCAGCUUUGGCCAUCCUCUGUGUCUCACGUGUGCAAGUCAUGGCUUCAGAGGUGGAUGAUAAGCAGUGCAGGAGAGCAAACAGACCAGAGAAGGUUUGGAAGAAAUUUUGUUGGAGACUCUGAGCCUUAGCACUGAGGAGAUUGAACGAGGACUUUCAAAGUUCCCUGGAAUUGGGAAUUCCGGACCUCUGGCUCAUUCUAUGCAUAACCAAGGACUUCAGUAGACCAUCUGGGCAGCGUUCCCAUGGUGCUGCUCCAUCCACCCAAUAAACCGCCCACCCAGGCGCCAUGUCAGUAUCGUACAAUCUACCAACCAACCAGUGCUCAAGAGAUUUUAGUACAUUGUAACAUACAAUUUUUAAGAGCUUAUAUGGCAGCUUUCCUUUUUGGCAUGAUGUUCUAACCUUUGCUUUAGAAGCACAAGCUGUAAAUCUAAAAGGCACUUUUUUAAAGAUAUAAAGAAAAACUAGAUGUAAUAAAUAGAUAAUGGAAGGCUUUAUUGUGGAAAAAAGAAUGUUAUAGUAAAAAAAGAUAUUUAUGUAUGUACAGUUUGCUAAAGCCAAGUUUUGUUUGUAUUGAUUACUUUGCAUUUAUUAUAG